UCCUGGCGGCCUGCAACCCCUCCACUCACACUUUCUUUCUUUCUCCUCCUUCCACUCACUCACUCUCCCUCCAGAGUGGGACUCUUCCUCGACAGACUCCUGUCAGGUCUGCAGCAUCCGUCUUUUGGGAGCUCCCUAGAAGCCAGAAACCAUGCUGACGUUUUUGGCGCUGGCGUCGGUUGUCCUCCUGGGAAUAGUGCCUGAGCAGUCCCAGGCCAUUAUGAUUUACACCGGCUGGGAGCGCCACGCCCUGGUGGGUGGCGACAUCCGUCUGUCCUGCUCCUUCUUCUCUUGGCGCUGGACCUCGGAGGAAGUCACCUUCUCCUGGACAUACAGGCCUGAUGGCGCCCGGGACAGCAUCUCUAUCUUCCACUACACCGGUGGUGAGGCCUAUGUGGACAACAAGGGCCCGUUCAGGGACCGGUUGGAGUUUGUGGGGAACCCGGGCCGCCGCGACGGCUCCAUCCUGAUCAAGAACCUGGACUACAACGACAAUGGCACCUUCACCUGCGACGCCAAGAACCCCCCUGACAUUGUGGGCCGGCCCUCCAGCGUGCGCCUGCUGGUCUUUGAGAAGGUGCCGAUCCAGGCUGGUGUGAUCACAGGCGCCAUCAUCGGGGUGGUGCUGGGCCUGCUGGUGCUCAUCGUGGUCAUCUACUACCUAAUGAGGUUCCUGGUGGCGCGCCGCGUCUUCAGCCUCAGUGUCAGCAAACAUGGCAAGAAAAAGAAAGAGGGAUCACAGCAGAGACAGGGCCCCGUGCCUGCCGCCGACCCCUCGAAGGUGAAGGCGGCCGCCUCCGAAAAGAAGAAGCAGGAGUCACGCAAGGAUAAGAAAUAGGAUACGGGGAUGGGCUGGGGCGGGCUCGCCAGCCGGCUGCUCCAGCCCGUACGCCUGGCGGUGGCCAAGGCCCAGCCCAAGCAUCAGCAGCGAACCGUAGCCAGAAAGACGGAGAGGGUGGUGGUGGGAGGAGGGGAGGAGGGCCCGGGCCGGGUGCUGAUGACCAUCGAUCUGGAGCUGACCCGCAAAAACGGGGAGGAGAGGCCUGGCGGCGAGGGAGGGAUGGGGAGCUCCAAAGCGCUUGGCUUCCUCUCCCAAAUCGCCGACCAGCUCACCUUCACAAAAUAAACCG